AUUUAAUUUAUUUAAUCAUCAGCUGAUUUUUAAAAAAUUUUUCCCAACUUGAAUAGGGUUUUAUUAUAAAAUUAAAGAUAUAUUUUCCAAUAUAUAAAAGUUAUAUCAAUAAAUUUUUGUGUCAUGAUGAAACCAAUCUUAUAUUCUUAUUAUCGAAGCUCAUGUUCUUAUCGUGUUAGAAUAGCUUUAGCCCUAAAAAAUAUUGAUUAUGAAUAUGCCCAAAUUAAUUUAGUAAAAGAUGGUGGGCAACAGUUUAUGCCCAAUUACCAAGCUCUUAACCCACAAGGCUUAGUGCCAACUUUGGUCGUAAAUGAUCACGUGCUUAGCCAAUCGAUAGCUAUCUUAGAAUAUUUGGAGGAAGCGUAUCAAGACGCGCCAAGGAUAUUGCCAAAAGAUUUGUACCAACGCGGAAAAGUUCGUUCCUUAGUGCAAUUUAUAUGCAGCGAUAUUCAACCUAUUCAAAAUAUGAGAGUGUUGAAGUACGUGGGUAACACCCACCCGGACUGGGCUAAGCACUGGGUCGAAACUGGAUUUAACGCCCUGGAAAAAGAACUCGUCAAGUGUUCGGGCAAAUUUUGUGUCGGAGACGACAUCUCCAUGGCCGACAUAGUAUUGGUGCCGCAGGUUUACAACGCGAAACGGUUCAAUAUCGACAUGCACAAAUACCCCAAGAUUUCGGAAUUGGAUGAUAAAUUGACUGAUCUUCCGGCCUUUCAAGCUGCUCACCCAUCUAAGCAGCCCGAUUGUCCCAAAGAUAACUAACCCGAAGAACCAAUAAAAUCAAAUAACCCUAUAUACUUGAUUUAACAAUUAAUAUUUUAUUGAUUAUAUUAUUACUUUUGUUAUCAGUUUUUUUUUAUAAUAGUAAAGUAAUAUUUCUAAAUAACGUAAACUCUGUUUGUUCUCGACAGAAAUAUUAUAUAUUGAUAGUUUUUGCCAUUAGCCAAAAUUGAUAAAAAUGAAAAUCAUGUCUUAAAUAUUCUAAACACU